AUGGCCAGUUGGGAUGAUGGUGGUCUUUUUGGAGAUGACCUUGAUAAAGCAAUUGAGCACCUAAAAAAAAAGAAAAUCACGGAGCAAUCAGAGCAAACGAACGCAAAUAGUGUAGCAAAGACCCUUCUCGGCUUCCAUUCCGAUUUUCUGUACAGUCCAAUGACUACCCUGCCUCCUCCAAACGAACAAUCUGGGCCGAAAAGGGGGACUAAGAGACAACUAAAAGGUGCUCAAGCUACGAAAAGUAUGGCUAGACAUUGUGCCAACCCCCAGCCAGUGGAGGAGUACGGCGAGAGGAUCCGAUUUCCAGCAGACGUCAUCGGCGCAAGACCUAUAUCAUCUUUACAUGCCCUGGAACUUAGUCCGGAGCAACGCUGGGCAGGAACUUGCGCUCCUUCUGCCUCGACUGACAAUACAUGCCCCGAGACCAUCGAGACAGAGGCAAUUGUUGAGCCAGAGUUCGAUAUGAUUUACCUCGAUUCUUUCAACCAUGACCUCGAAAUGACAUAUCUCGAUUUCGCUGACCCGACGGUAGGCUUUCCCUCGGAUCUUAACUGUCCUUGA